AUGGGUGUCACCGGGCUCUGGACUGUCGUUCAGCCCUGCGCUCGCCCUAUAAAAAUCGAAACGCUCAAUAAGAAACGCCUCGCGGUCGAUGCCUCCAUCUGGAUCUACCAGUUCCUCAAAGCAGUCCGUGAUAAGGAAGGGAAUGCCCUGCGUAACUCUCAUGUUGUAGGCUUCUUUCGCCGCAUCUGCAAGCUCUUGUUCUUCGGGAUCAAGCCCGUGUUCGUCUUCGAUGGAGGCGCACCAUUACUCAAGAGGCAGACUGUUAGUGGACGCAAGGCAAGAAGAGAGGGGAGAAGAGAGGAUGCGGUACGGACGGCAGGGAAGCUGUUGGCAGUGCAGAUGCAGAGGAGGGCCGAGGAGGAUGACCAAAAGCGGAGGGAGGAAAGAGAUCGGCCGCCGGUAGAUCAAGAGGAGGAAGUCCCUGAAAAUUUGGUCUACGUCGACGAACUUCAGAUGACUGAGAAAGAGCGACAGCAGAAUCGCACUUUCAAGAAGAAAGACGCCUACCACCUGCCGAAUCUCGAUAUAGAUCUGGCAGACAUGGGUGCUCCGAAUGACCCAAGGAUCAUGAGCCAUGAAGAGCUGGAGGAGUAUGCCAGACAGUUCCAUACAGGCGAAGAUGUGAAUAUCUAUGACUUUAGCAAAAUCGACUUUAAUAGUCCGUUCUUCUUGAGUCUGCCAGCUAGUGAUCGAUACAAUAUCCUGAACGCAGCCAGAUUACGAUCAAGAUUAAGGAUGGGGUAUAGCAAAGAGCAAUUGGACACCAUGUUUCCAGACAGGAUGGCGUUUUCCAGGUUCCAGAUUGACCGAGUCAAGGAGAGGAACGAGCUCACCCAACGUUUAAUGAACCUCAACGGAAUGAAUGGAGAAGAUGCAAUGUUCGGUAUGAACGAUGGAGGACGGGUGGCGGGAGAAAAAGGGAAGGAGUAUGUGCUUGUAAAGAAUGAUGGUGUCGAGGGUGGAUGGGCAUUGGGAGUGGUGAGCAACAAGGGUGAAGGAGAGCGGAGCAAACCCAUAGACGUGGAAGGUUUCGGAAAGGAAGAUGAGCCUAUGGAAGAAGACGAAGCCUGGGAGGAUGACGGGUUCGAGGAUGUUCCAAUUGAAGGUCUAAAUCGGUUGCCUAAACGUCCAGAUCGGCCACUAGAUGCAAGCAAAGACAACGUUCCGUUCGAGUCCGAGGAGAUCAAGAAACGCAGACGAGCUCUGUACGAGACGAGAAUGGAGGCGGCGCGUGUGAAGAGAGCAGCAGCGGAUCCAGAUCUGGCUGAAGAGGGGCUCGACUCGCUCUUUGUCCCUCAGCAAAACAACGAAUAUGGUAAGGAUGAUGAUGAGAAUAUGGACGAUCUUUUCGAGGAUGUGCUGCCUCCGGCUGAAGAUGAAGACGACGACCUAAACCGAGCGAUUGCAAUGUCCCUCGAGGAUCCAGACAAUGAUUCAGCUAGUGAUUUAGACAUGCCAUCUUUCUCGAAUUCGGCUUUGGCAGGCCCUAGAAUCGACCAACCUCUGGAGUUCAAUCAAAAAAAUGCCAAAGCCGGUCGUGACUUUGCUCAUCUAGCAAACGCAAGAGCUCACGGAUCAGCUCCUAAGCCUUUCGGGGACGAUAGUGAUGAUGAAAACGAUAUCGAUCCGCAAGCUACAUUGGCGGACUCGAGACGCACCAAGCAUGAAACCCAGGAUGGUCCGCGGCCAUUUGCCUUAAAGGUAAUGGACAAGACGUCAAGAGACCCUCGAGAGCUGACUUCUUCACAAGCAGCCUCAACAGCUAUUGCCGCGCCCUCUGCAACGUCAGUGGCAUCUUCGCUACCAUCUGGUUUUAAUGGUCCCCUACCAUUCGAGUCGCUAAGUCUAGGCACAUCGAUAUUGGGAAGAAAGAAGAAACAAGCCCCAGCAGAGUCAUCAGGAGGCUUUGAGAAGGACCCUGACAAUGAAAAACCCGCCCAGCCACUUCCGCCCUGGUUCUCUGGUGACAUCCGUGAAGCUACUGCUGCACAAAAAGCUAUAGAGGAGAAGCAAUACGAAGGUGGCGAUUCCGACAGGUUGUCCCUACUUUCUCCUCGUGCGGCAGUCUUGAAGCGGCAGGAGACUGGGGAAGUCAUCGAUCUAGAGGCGCCAAGAGAAAAAGUUGACGAGAUCAUUGAUGUUGAGUCAUCCGACGAAGGGGACGAAGACGAUGUCAUUGUGGGAGACACCCGGCCUGUUGAUCCUGAAGUCAGGAUGGGAGAUGUAGCAGACCUUUCCAGAGCCGAGCCUGCAUCAUCAGAUUUGCCUCCUAAUAACCUCAAUGCCGUGAAUAACCAGAUGCAAGGUAUUAGCGCGGGGAAUGGGAAAGCAACGGAACACGGUUCAGAUAGCGAGGAGCCCAUAGAUUGGCCUGAGAGCGAGCCCGAGGCAGAUACGAGAGUGCCACGAAUUGGAACUGAUGAUCGAGAACCAGCUGGGGGCAAAUUACAGGAACAGCCAGGGUCACCUUUGUCUGAGUUUGAGAAUAUCGAUGUCACGGGCUCGCGGAAUUCGCCACAGGACUCUGCUGCCGUUCCAAACAGCGAAGUGCAACCACCACCCUCUCUAAAGAGAGGCCAGUCCUCUAUUGGCCCACGACUCGAGGAUUUACCAGCCGAGGAUGAAGAUAUUUACUCCGACCCCGAAGAGGAGGAUCUGAUGAGGCAACUAGCCAUCGAGGCAGAAGAGCAUGCGCGAUUUGCGUCCACACUGAACUCCAAAACUCAAUUGCAAAACGCUGAGGAUUACGAGAAAGAACUACGUCAGCUCCGCAACCAGCAAAAGAAGGACCGCCGUGACGCCGACGAGGUUACGCAUAUUAUGGUCACCGAGUGCCAACAACUUCUCAAGCUCUUUGGUCUACCUUAUGUCACCGCGCCUAUGGAAGCCGAAGCUCAGUGCGCUGAGCUCGUCAACCUUGGCAUUGUUGACGGUAUUGUAACAGACGAUUCCGAUGUCUUCCUCUUCGGUGGCACACGCGUCUAUAAGAAUAUGUUUAAUCAAGCCAAGUUCGUCGAAUGCUACCUCUCUUCAGACCUCGAGAAAGAGUACUCUCUUGACCGCGAAAAGCUCAUCCGCAUAGCACAUUUACUUGGCAGUGAUUACACUGAGGGUCUGCCAAACGUUGGUCCAGUAACAGCCCUGGAGAUUCUGUCUGAGUUCGAGACGUUGGAGCAAUUCUCAGAAUGGUGGGGCACAGUACAAAUGGGCCAAAAGCUGUCCGCAGAAGACGCUGCAAAUCCAUUUCGCCGCAAGUUCAGAAAGAAUGCUUCCAAGCUUUUUCUACCCGCCAUUUUUCCAGACCUGCGUGUCGACCAAGCUUAUCUGCACCCUGAAGUCGAUAAGGAUCCUUCGCCAUUCCAAUGGGGCGUACCUGACUUGGACGCUCUAAGGUCAUUCCUCAUGGCUACGAUUGGAUGGAGUCAAGAGAGAACGGAUGAGGUCCUAGUACCCGUUAUUAAGGACAUGAACCGUCGGGAGAACGAGGGGACACAAGCGAACAUUACGCAAUUUUUUGGUGGCAGCGUUGGGGUUGGUGGAAAGUCGAAUGGUGGAAGUGGGUCUGCUUUUGCACCGAGACGGAGGUUGGAUGGCAAGAGUAAGAGAAUGGAGACGGCAUUGGGAAGAUUACACGAGCAAGCCAGAAACAGGACCAUCGGAGAAGGCGAGACGAAUGCCGAAGUCGAUGCGGAGCCCGCAGCGGUUGGCAAUGGGGACGUCACUGGAACAACGGACGGAGCUACUGAGCCAAGGAAGAAACCGCAGCGCAAUUCGAAGAAGCGAGCUGCUCCAGUCUCUGCACCAGAUUCUAAUUGCGAUAGCGAGGACAAACAUGAUGAAUACGAGGCUCCUACAAAAUCACGGAAACGCGGUCAUGGCAGUGCUAAGGGCAAUGCCAAAGGGCGUACGAAGGGGAAAGCUCAGCCGUAA